GGGGUGGUGUUCCAGAACGCGAUUGCGUCACAGGGAGUUUCAAGGAGAUUCCGGGCGUCUCUUUCCCAGCUGCUGCCGGAGCGAAGCAGCCGGUGCAACCGCAGCCAGCGACCUCGACAUGCCCAGGGGCAGCCGGAGCGCGCCGCCUCGCCCGGCCAGCAAUGCAGUAGCUUCUCAUGCUCAUCCUCCUGCUCAUCCUCCUCCUUCCGCCAUGGCCGCCCCGACUCAGCCUCAGCAACCUGGCUUGAUGGCCCAGAUGGCUACCACAGCAGCAGGGGUGGCCGUGGGCUCCGCCGUGGGCCACGUGGUCGGAGGCGCUCUCACGGGAGCCUUCAGUGGCGACAGCAGCUCCUCCCAGCCCGACAAAGUGGUUAGCAGCCCUGUCCAGGAGACCAGGCAGAUACCAACCCACCAGCCAUCUCAGUAUGGACCUUGCCUGUACGAGAUGAGGCAGUUCCUGGAUUGUGCGACCAACCAGAGUGACCUGACCUUGUGCGAGGGCUUCAACGAAGCCUUGAAGCAAUGCAAGCAAGCCAGCGGUGUGGCUUCCCUUUUGUGAAGCAAUGAAGAAAGGUCAGCACCGAACCACAAGGAGACAAGAGCAUUAGCAGAGAAUCUGGCCAGCUCAAUCUGGCUUUCUCAGUUGUAGUUUUAUAAGCAAGGGAAGGAUUUAAAAUGCAAAGGACAAAUUGAUUUUUGUACAGAGGAAAGUCAAAUAAAAGCAGAUGGUUUAUUUAAAACUA